UUCUUCUGUGGAGGGCAAAGCGAGCAGCCAUCCGCAGGGCAGCAGAAUUGCUCGAAAUAUCUCCAGUGAUCAUUCAACCCUCAGCGAGGAAAGGUGAAUUCAUCCCUCGAUCUUCCUGCCAAAGAAACACGUCACAUCGUUGUCCUGGUAAGAAGUCCGCAACAUUUUAUCCAAACUGCCAUUCGGGUGGAAGUUGUGUUGCCUGGAGCCACCGGGGAGUCUUGUACCUUCGCAGCCCCGUUUGAGUUGAUUUGUCCCCUGCGGAGUGCGCAGCCUUUCAUCGGCCCGGAGGAUUCACAGAGCAGGGGAGUUACAUUUGGAGAAGACCGAUACAAUGAUCCCAAGGUGAGCUGACGCUGACGUGUUCGUCUGUCCGGCUGUCUGAGCUCGAUGUUUAAAGGAAGCUCCUCACUGAGAAACACAAAAUGUCUGCUGCUAACAUCAGCCCGCUGAUCCUCGCCCUCCUUCUCCUCCUCUUACCCUCGGUUUCGAUCCAACAGGUGCCCUCUAACUGUGUGAUCAAGAGGGAGGAGGAGAAAUGCAUGGAAAUGAUUGCGUCAGAUGAUCCUGGCAAUGAUCCAGAAUUUGGCUGUCCAUGGAUGUGGGACAACCUGACGUGUUGGCAGCCUGCCAGGAUCGGUGAGGUGGUCGAAGUCAACUGUCCUGAACUCUUCUCUCAGUUCAUGAGUGAAGAAGACUACGAGCCAGGGAAGGUGAGUCGUAACUGCACUGAGUUUGGCUGGUCUGAGACCUUCCCUCAUUACGUUGAUGCCUGCCUUUAUGAGGAAGGAAACGGCAGCCAUCCGGAGCUGUACUACGUGGCGGUAAAGGCUCUGUACACUGUGGGCUACAGCACCUCCUUGGUCUCCCUCACCACGGCCAUGGUCAUCCUGUGCAGGUUCAGGAAGCUGCACUGUACCAGGAACUUCAUCCACAUGAACCUAUUUGUGUCGUUCAUCUUGAGAGCUAUUUCGGUCUUCAUCAAAGACGGCGUGCUGUAUGCCAAAGAGGACAGCGAGCACUGCUUCAUACACACUGUGGCGUGUCGAGCAGUGAUGAUAUUCUUCCAUUACUGCGUCCUUUCUAACUACUUCUGGCUCUUCAUCGAGGGUCUCUACCUCUUCACUUUACUGGUGGAGACCUUCUUCCCUGAAAAGAGAUACUUCUACUGGUACAUCAUCAUUGGCUGGGGAACCCCCACAGUGUGUGUGACCAUCUGGGCGGUGCUGAAGCUACACUUUGAUGAUUUAGGGUGUUGGGACAUGAAUGACAAUGCUGCCAUCUGGUGGGUGAUCAAGGGACCUGUGUUGGCUUCCAUUAUGGUCAACUUUGUGCUCUUCAUUGGAAUCAUCAUCAUUCUUGUCCAGAAGUUACAGUCCCCAGAUAUCGGUGGAAAUGAAUCCAGUAUUUACCUGAGGUUGGCCCGCUCCACUCUGCUACUGAUUCCUCUGUUUGGGAUCCACUACACUGUGUUUGCCUUUUCCCCCGAGAACGUCAGCAAGAAAGAGCGCCUGGUGUUUGAGCUCGGCCUUGGAUCCUUCCAGGGCUUUGUGGUGGCUGUCCUCUACUGCUUCCUGAAUGGAGAGUAUAUCCCUCAAGGUGCAAUCGGAGAUCAAGAGGAAAUGGCGCAGCUGGACGGUGAACAGAUACUUUGCUGUGGACCUGAAGCACCGGCAUCCUUCGCUGGCGAGCAGUGGGGUGAACGGGGGAACACAGCUGUCGAUCCUCAGCAAGAGCAGCUCGCAGAUCCGCAUGUCCAGCCUGCAGGCAGAGACCCCGGCCACCUGAGCGGCACUGGUGGGAACGCCGCGUCCGGCAAUGACGCCACCAUCGGACCUGACGCUGCCAAACCUGCCACACCCACUGUCCUCCCAAUGACCAGCCUCACCAACCCGUUCCUCAACCCGUACCCCAAUCCGUACCAAGAUGAAACCAUGAUGGAAACCCAGCUUAACUCCACCGACCCAGAACAACCUCUAGUCUGACCUGCUUUGCCCGAACAUGACCGAACCUGAAUGUCAGGCGCCACUUAGAGAAUCUUUUCAUGUCCAGACCUUUGACCUGGUUUAGGAGUGAAAAACAAACUCAGUCCACCUGUUCCGGACCAGCCUAUCACCUUCAAAGGGCAUGAGCAGGAAUUCUGUGUAAAUCGAGUGUCUUGUUGGGCUUAAACAUGCAGAAGAGGCAUGGUUAUCUCUCUGUAUAUAUUGUAUUAGUGUUUGUCUGGUGCUACAGUCUUUGCUGCUGUAUAGCACAGGGGGACCAGCUUAUUACUGCAGCCCUCUCACAGUGAUCAUUCCAGUCUGUCUGAGCAAGUUUUUACAUUUGUCCUCAAGAUUCACCUUUUCCUCAAAAUGUGUUUAAGACUGUAACUAUACACUAUUUUCAUCUUUAGAUACAGAAGUUACAGCUGCUUCAUAUACGACAGACAACACUGGGCAAUGUAAAUACCUUAAAGGGACACUCCAUUGAUUUUACACAUAAAGGCCACUUAUCAGGCUAUGAUGUAAUGUGUGGCUCUGAAAAAAUAACCCUAGUGAUGUCAUGAUAAUGCCAUCAGGGUUUUUUCAGCUUGGGCACACGUUUUAACAGAAAACCUGUGUUAAAAACUGAGGGCAUGGUGGUUGAAACAUGCCGGUAUUCACUACAAGAGCUGGAUCUAUCAAACGGAUAUAGUUUGCUGCAUUAUGGGAAAUGCAGUAUUCAGUGUUUUUGGAGCUUGCCCAAACUUUGGACUGAAAUUCAAGAUAUUUUGUCAUCUGCUGCUUUAACUCUGACGCGCCCUAAUGUACAGUUGUUACCUUAAAUGAGUGGAAGUUGAUGCACACAUCAGUGUUAAAUCUUUCACCAUCAAAUCAGUGUUAUAGAUAGAGCUUAGAGUCAGCUGAAACAUUAUGAACCCCAAGUCAAACCCAGACUUAUUGAACCCAUUCAGAAAGCUCAGUAUUAUUUUUCACUACUGGCACAAGCCCACAUUUCCUGUGUAAACUGUGACUGGUGUACAACAAUAUAAGGACUGAAGAAUGUCAAGGAGAAAUUUCAUCUGGAUCUAACAGGUGAAACCUGGAAGAGGAGUAUUUAUGAGAAGGACAUAUUUUCUACAGUUAUGUGAAAUGCCAAAAAAAAAGAGAGAGGGAAAAAAACAUACCAGGGUUAGAUGAUCACUCUGAAGGUCUUCUUCUUCUUCGUGUGCACAGUGCUGAGGUUUGCCAACUACGACCACAAACACAAACCUCUCUUUGAAAUCUCAGCACUGCAAACUAGACGUCUGAGAAGAAGGCACCUUUGGAGAUCAGCGUGUCUGUAGUUUCAAACAGCCGUUAGUACAGAAAAUGUCAAUGAAAAUGAACUCAUGACUAAAGCUACAUGAGUUUAACUGCUUGCAUGAAAUUGCAUUUAUUGUCCACGUGGUUUUGGUUACUUUUUUGGUGAGAAUUUAGUGUUUAAUUGGUUGUUAAAGUUUUUGUGUUUUUUUCACAAACUUCGGGCUGUUGUGGAGGUGACGCGCUGUAAUACUGAUUCUCCUGUCACUUUGUAAAGCUGAGCCUCUUCAACAGUCUCCUGCAGGAAGUUUCAACAUUGUACUGGUUGAAAUGAAGGUGUAGACCGUUGGGAAACAUCACAGCACUUCACUGUUUUUGGGUGAAAAUUUCCUUAUUUGUUUCCGGGCAAAAAAAAGGGCCAUUUGAAAAAGUUGUUUUAAUUUUGAUUAAUGAGGGCUUUUUCUCAGACCAAUCCCUCGUACCACCUCGCAGUAUCACCUCUGUGUUUCUGCAGUUAUUGUCUCUGGUAGCAUUUACUCUCUUUAUGCUUGAAAACAGGCACAUUGAGAUGGAUGCUACAUUUUGAGAGGGACUUUUAACUCGGGGGUAAUUCUCUCAUUCCAAAGACAAAUUAAUUGACUCCUCACUGAGUUUUGCACGGCCGUAUCUGUUUGCAAAGGCUGAGUUAGCUUUGCAACUGAUGUCACUGCAGAUGUUUCUUUUGGUCCGACUCAACCAUCCUCUGAAUCCCUGCGUUCGACUCUACUUUGUGUCUCCAAAAGUGCCUUUAAGCACAAAACAAGUAUUUUGACUUCUGUUGAUGAUUUUUAAAAAAGGGAUUUCUGUUUUUAAUUUCCAAACGAAACUGCAAAGUAAAGAAAAUGGUUGAACAAAGUGCUUUUAUGAUGCUUAAGACUAAAUCAGUAUUUUAAACCUGGAGGCCUUCAAAGUAACUUGUCUUUGCUAAAGAUGAGGAGAACAUACGACCAAUUAGUGUUUUGGAUAAAGCAGUGCUACAGUAUAUUAACUCAGUAAGUCAAUGUACAGUACACUAUAUCACAUGCACACAAGAAAUAAAUAUGUUUCACUUUUCUCAUUUUGCAGACACAUCCUUUAUUUUUGUCAACAGCAGAAAAAUGGAAAAUUACUGGGCUGUAAAAGUCUCAUGUUCCUGAACCACAAGAUUCUCGUCUUUAUGAUAUUUUUCAAAAUAUGAGACCAUUUUAUACUAAUAUCAUUUCGUAUCCUAAAUUCCCACUACUAUGACUGAAUUUCCAAAUUCUGUAAGGACAAAAACCUUUUGUCAAACUGCAACUGUCUGAAAUGUCUGAAGUGUCUUCAAAGACAAACUGAAAUGGAAAACCAACAAAACAACAAAUGAGUGCAUUCUUUGAUUAAGAGAUAUUUGCUGUUUCUUUUCUGAAUACACAUUAAUCAUAGCUGAUAUUCAUAGAAAGGUACAUCUGCUCAGUUCAGUAUUAUACUGUAGUUAAAUGUUGAGUUUUCUCCUCAUCAACUGUUUAAAGUCAAACAGUUAACAUUGUUUUGGUAAUUUGCAGGUGAAAGACGUCAUGUAUAGAGUCCCAAAACUGACAAAAUAUCAUUAAAUAAUAAUUUUCACAGAUCUACAGUUUUUCCUUAUCAUGAGUAUGGAUAUUAGAUUUUACUCAAACGAUACUCGUAAAAUCUACAUUAUCUGCACCAGAUGCUCAUUUUAUCUGGCUCACCCAUAGUACAACAAAAAACUUCAUGUUUCUUUUGACACUCCAUUUAUAAUUUUUUACCAGUAUUAUUUAUUAAUGUAUACAGUCGUAUUUUUUACUUUUUUAAACUAAAACAUUUUGAUAGUUUCAGGACUCCGUGUACCUCGUUUUUAACAUACUGAGGUCAUGAGUCCAAAUUCAUGAAAAAAAAAAAUCUGAUAUGAUUUCUGUAAAUUUUAUCUCACUACAUCACUACAUAAUGGUCUAGAUGCUGUUUUAAAGCCUUUUCCACACUGCCAAGAAGAUAAUGGAAAAGUACUUUAUCCUUUUAUUGAUAUCUAAGACUUUUUUUCUAGAAACCAUUUUUAAUAUCUAAUAUUAAAAGAAUAUCAAAAGAGUAAAAGUGCCAAAUUUCCAGAAACAAUACUGAGGAUAAAACCUGUGUCUUAAAUGACAGCCCUGCAUCGAGGUUUAAACUGAGCUAAGUUUGAUUUUUUGACAUUUAGAUCAACAUAAUUUUAAUCAGUAUAUUUCAAUGUCCAGCAGAUUCUUAGUAGACACUGAAAUAUAGUUGCUAAAAUGACAAGAGGUAAUUGAUUGUAAUUGUUCACGCCUCAGCCACAUUUUGUCGAGUUUUGCACUCACUGUCUAUACUGCACAUGUCUUGACCUGCAAAUUACCACAUGCAUUCUUUCUGGGAGUCCAGACCAAAUGAAGGCAGAGAGAGAAAAGAAGGGCUGACCGGAAACUGUAUCGUCCUGUUGUUCUGCUGUGUAUGUGUGCAGUGUGACCUGCAAUAAUAACAGUGCAGAUCCAACAGCAGCCAUAAGGGGGCCCUGUUUCAUCUUCUGAUGUUUAGGGAAAGGGCUGGACAAUCACCACCUCUGCUCUGGUUCAGUUGAAUGUUCAGUUGAGUUCAUUACAGACAUUAUGACAAUCUCACCGGGUCAUGAGCCUAAUUUUGUUCAUGUAUUUAUGAAGUAUUUCCUUUAGUGUUAAUAUGGGAGUUGGAGCCUUAUAUUGCCAGUACUAUGUUGAUGUCAGACAAAGAUGUUGCUAUUAUUAUAAGAAUAAAUAUUCAUUUGAACCUGUUGUUUUGAACUAUGAAGUAGUUAGCUGAAGUGUUUGAAAGGUCUGUAGCCAACCUUUGUGACUAAAUAAACUGCAGUUUAAAUGUGCGACACAGAAACAAGCUGCCAACGUUGUACCUUGUAAAUGGAGUUUUCUGUGGUUCAAAGUGAAUAACUGUCAUUUAAAAACUUUGCGCUGUGAUUGUUCUCAUAUUUUUUAUCAUUUUUCUUAAUGGUGAUCGUGUUUUGCUAAAAGUAUAAAGCCUCCUGUAAUGCCUCUGUACUCUCUAAUAGGCUGAUGCAUGCGUGUUAAAUCGUUAUGAUCUCAUUUGACCAGCAGAUGUAAUCACAAGGGAGGGUCGAGCUUUCAAGACAUUAAAGGGAAUCUGAGCUGUGUGCUCGUUUUCAAAUGGAUGAGGCAAUUAAUAAGCUAGAACAUGAAUAUUGGGUUUGAACUGUGAACGAUUUAUCAAACUGUAGCUCCAGUCCCAUCAGGACCCAUCAAAUACUUUUCCUUUGAAUGUUAAUCUUUGCAGACAUGAGGAAAAGUAAAGUGCCAUUAAACUGCUGUACUCAUUUUGUUCUUAUUGAUUUUUACUGCACAGCAUGACAAGAAAACUGGUUUCAAAUGUUUUUCCUUUGUAGCUUUUUGAUGGUGGUUAUCUUUAUUGAAUUGCGUCAUUGUACCAAUUGCCUGUUGAAUCAGUUAGAGGUUAAAAAAACUGGGGCUCAGUAGUUUGUGUACUGAUAGCUGAAUGUAAAAGUGACUUAAAGCACUCUGCCAUGAGCCUGCUUCUGUCUGCUCUUCUUUUUUUCAUUUGAUCUUCUUCACUGCACAGUGCACCAUUUUAUCUUGUUUUGGUGUGCACAUUAGAGGGUUUUUUUUGUACAUUUUGGAAGUAUCGACAAUAAAUGUUUUUAACUUGUUGGCUCAAUGUUGUUGUGUGGUAAAUAUUCAGAAGUUUCCUGUCUUAAAGAGUAAGGCUAGUGUUAUUCAACUGUAAACAAUACCUAUAAACAGACCCAAACUCAUGUGUUAGUCCAUCUUUUAGUACUUUCCAAUUUUCCUUACUCCCUUACUAUCUUUUAAAAAGGCUCAGUAAUUUCCUUAAACAGCUGGGCACUGUAGUUUUUUGUCAUUUUUACUCAAACAGGACAAAAUAGUGCAUUUGUUGGGGACUAUUUUCAGUGGUGGAUUAAUCCACAUUUGGUCUAGUGAGUAUUUGGGCCAGCAGGAUGGUGUAUGUGCGAUUAAGUCAAAAUAAACUACAGUGUGUGUGUUCAUGAUAAUGAAGGAACAUGUUACCCAGAGCAACAGUGUAGAUCAUUGAUAUAUUUUUAAUAGUUUUUGAAAAAAACAAACAAAAAAAAUCCUAAUAAAAUGUGUUAUAACCCGCAACUGAAAAUAGUUCCUAACUAAUGCAGAAUUUAUUCCUGUCUAAUUAAUGUAUGAAAAAAACUACAGUGGCCAUAUUUUUUUCUGAAAUUACAGAGUUUUGUUUGUGAGUUGUUUUAAAACUGUUUUUCUUUGUCAUUAGCAAUGGUCUUGGAGUGCCACAGCCAAAAAAAAAGGGAAGUCAGAACUUGGACUUGGUUUUAGUCUGUUCAUGGGAUGUUAACAAUAAGAAAAUACAGAUGUGUUCACCAGCCUCCUCCUGUAAUGUUGGCCCCCAGCCCAAAUAAGAGAACACCAAAUGAGAAACUUGCAUUCAUGUCAUAAACCGGAACCUGAAAAAGAAACCUACAUCACUUUGUCAAAGGAAAGAGAAAUAACACCGUGUAAUCUAAAAAGCAAAGUCCAGACACAACAUAAAAGGCUUUUUUUUCUCAAGAAGAUCACAUCAAGACAUGCUCAGUGAAUAUCAUCCUCCAUCUCCUCCCUGCACAGUUUUUAAAUGUGAUGAAAGCUUUGUUUUUGUCACUUAAGCACAAUUCUUAUUAUGUCUUGAAUCCAACACAACACAGAAGCAGAUCUGUUAUGCUGCACAGCAAAGACUCAAGUACAUAUUAUAGUAUCACAACCUUAAAUAUAUGAUUUUGUCACACAGAGUUCUGAAUGCAAACCUACUGUAGGUUCCAUCCAUCUGAAUUCCAGAGAAACAGUGAGUUAUACUGUAUAAUAAAGGCACUGUAGUGGUCAGUAGCUGAGUAACGUAGUAAUUCCUUCCAUGAAGAAUACUGCACAUAUCUAUAUGUACAUGAAUACUGAGUGUACGGAACAUACCUACUAACUUCCUACUAUAGUUAAAACACAGAAAAUAUAUAUAUAUAAAUUCAAAGCACAGAUACAGAAACAGCCAUUGACUUGAAAACAGCUCAUCUAGUCUCCCACAAUAACUUCUCAUGGGAAACAGGUUCUGGAUUAGCAUUAGCUUUAGCACAGCAGUCAGUACCUGUGCAUCACUAAACUAAAUGUUAACAAACAGGGAAAUGAACAGUAUAAUUUUCUCCACACUUUGCAAUUGUACAGCAUAAAAGAAUAUAACUAUCAUAUAGGUAUGAUACAAAAAUCUGUUAAAUAUUAACACCAACUCUUCUAUUUCAAAGUAAGAUGUUAAAUCUGUUUUUACCUUAUUUAUGACUUUUUUGUUUUUACUGUAACAAGGUCAUUAAAUAUGUUUUAUAAAUCUGUUGCAGGAACUGCACUGUUGCCAUAAAAUACAUGUAAACUCUAGUUCAGGUCUAUUUACAUUGACACAAAGACAUUAAA